AUGUGGAACGUUCUGUGGUUUUCGGUUCUUCUCACCAUCGCCAACAGCGUCUUCGUGGUGGAGAUCAACAAACUAUUCAAACCCUGUCCCCAUUCGAGCAAGAACUUUGCUACCUUCCCGUGGAACCUCACCGGAGUGCGCUUGUUUCUAUCCGAAGAUGAAAAGCUCAUCCUGGACGGGCAAUUUACCGUGAUCCGCGAUAUCUAUCCACCGCUGGGGCUCGUGAUCUACACGCAGAAGCAGGAUAAAGGCGAAUGGCGCCCAACACCGUACGGUCGUCAUGUGCUGAAUUUCUGCAGCGUGAUGCUCUCAUCCGGCGACAUUUGGUAUCCGAUCACGAAGCACAUGAACCGAACGACCUGUCCUUUACGAAAGGGUCACCUGGAAACGUUCGACAUGGUUGAGCUGGAGAGCUUUGGGUUUGAUGACGUGUUGCCGGAUCUCGUCGGCGAGUGGCGAGUGUUCGUCGAAACGAGCCUAGGACCGAUGCCACACAAGGUACAAGUGUCCUGCAUCAUGAAUGAGAUAUCUAUUCUCGAGCAUUGA